AUGACCGACGGUUCAGAUGAUGCUCCCCAGGAGAGACGCAGCCUGGCGGGCAGUGAAGAAGCCCUGGUGGCCCCUGGAGCUCCGAGAGGAGGCUCCAACAGCCGGGCCUUGAAGAUUGCAGGCCUCACCACGCUGGCGUGUCUGCUUUUAGCCAGCCAGGUCUUCACAGCGUACAUGGUGUUUGAUCAGAAGCAGCAGAUCCACACGCUGCAGAGGAACUCUGAGAGGAUGGAGAAACAGCUGACGCGCGCAUCUCGUGUUGUGGGCCCGGCGAGGAUGGCCAUCCCCAUGAGCAGCCUGCCUCUGCUGACAGAGUUCACCGAAGUGGACACUGAAAAACCUGAGACACCCCUGACUAACAUACAGGAUGUUGCUGUCGUCAGCGUGGAGAAACAGCUGAUGGAUCUUAUGAAGGACUUCAGUCUGCCGCGGUUCAACGAGACCUUCCUGACCAACCUGCAGAAACUGAAGCAGCAGGUCAAUGACAGCGAGUGGAAGAGCUUUGAGUCGUGGAUGCGCCAUUGGCUGAUCUUCCAGAUGGCCCAGCAAGAGCCAGCAUCCCCCUCCCCUCAGCCAGCCUCUCUGAUAAAGACCAAAUGCCAGAUGGAGGCGUCGCCCACGUCACACAGGAUCGGGACCUUUAAGCCCCGGUGUGAUGAGCAGGGUCGCUACCUGCCCACGCAGUGCUUUAGCGGCACUGGCUACUGCUGGUGUGUGGACGAGUUCGGCAACCCCAUCCAGGGCAGCCAGAAACGCGGAAGCCCCGACUGUCGCAGAGGUGCAGUUUUUCCUCGCACAAUGGCCCUACCCAGCCUCAUGCAGGCAACCUCUCUUGAUGAUGGGAAAAAAUAA